UCCUAACCCGGCGAGACGAGGAGAGGGAGCCGGCAUGACGAGCGAGAGGAGCGCAGCGCUCAGCGCGGAGGACGAGGAAGACUCCGCUGCGGCGGGAUAUUACGACGACGAAGAUGACCUGGAGGCGUUUUCAGACGGCGAGCUGGGCUGUGAGGACGGAGUGUUGGGCUUCAGCGAUUCUCUGAAUGGAGAGGUCAAACCUCGAAUACUGUUGAUGGGCCUGAGGAGGAGUGGGAAGUCCUCCAUCCAGAAGGUGGUUUUCCAUAAGAUGUCGCCCAAUGAGACCCUGUUCCUGGAGAGCACCAACAAGAUCUGCAGAGAGGACGUUUCCAGCAGCUCCUUCGUCAGCUUCCAGAUCUGGGACUUCCCUGGCCAGAUCGACUUCUUCGACCCCACCUUUGACUAUGAAAUGAUCUUCAGAGGCACCGGAGCGCUGAUCUUUGUCAUCGACUCACAGGACGACUACGUGGAGGCUCUCAGUAGGCUGCACCUCACCGUGACCCGGGCCUACCAGGUCAACCCGGAGAUCAACUUCGAGGUGUUCAUCCACAAAGUGGACGGCCUGUCAGACGACCACAAGAUCGAGAAGCAGCGGGACAUUCACAAACGGGCCAACGACGACCUCGCAGACGCCGGCCUGGAGCGCAUCCACCUGAGCUUCUACUUAACCAGCAUAUACGAUCACUCCAUAUUCGAGGCUUUCAGUAAAGUGGUCCAGAAGCUUAUUCCACAGCUUCCCACGCUGGAAAACCUGCUCAACAUCUUCAUAUCUAACUCGGGCAUUGAGAAGGCCUUCCUGUUCGACGUGGUCAGUAAGAUUUACAUCGCCACGGACAGCAGUCCGGUGGACAUGCAGACAUACGAGCUGUGCUGUGACAUGAUCGAUGUGGUCAUUGACAUCUCCUGCAUCUACGGUCUGACGGACAGUGAAGCCGGUUUGCCCUACGACAAGGAGUCCAUGGCCAUCAUCCACCUGAACAACACCAGGGUCAUGUACCUCAAGGAGGUCACCAAGUUCCUGGCCAUGGUCUGCUUCGUGCGCAAGGACAGCUUUGAGAGAAAAGGGCUGAUCGACUACAACUUCCACUGCUUCAAGAAAGCCAUCCAGGAGGUGUUCGAUGUUCGGGUGAAGGUUCAACAGAACCGCAAGCUUCUCAGUCAGAGGAGGUGGAGCAAGCUCACCGUGGCCAACGGGGCGGGGGGGUGGCUCAGUAACCCCCUCUGA